UCUACAGUGGCAUACUUCACAUCGUCUUCAAAAAGUGGGAAAAUCGGCAGAAUUUUUGCAGUCCUUUACAUGGUUUUCAGUAAUUUUGCAGGCACAAUAGGACUCAAUUGCACUAUGGAUAAGAACAUGUGUGAGGAGCUGGAAAUGUCACUUAGAGAGGUGGCUGCCUUGCAACUCAGCAAUGAGGAGUCACGUAUAAUGAAUUCUGGUGGCAGGACAAGGAGAGGCAGCAGGUUACAAUUUACAGAUAGAACCACCCCUUCUAGUGGUGAAUCUACACCUAGUGAACCACCAGAAGAAAUGCCAGUGGUUUGCAAUCCUGAACAUGCCAGUGAACCCCCGCAGGACAUGGCAAUGGAUGUCAGUGACAGUGACCCACUGCAAGACAGGGUACAUUUAAGAUAUACAGAUAGUGGUAGAGCCACUCCUUUUAGUGGUACAUCUACACCACAGGAAAUUGAACCAUUGCAGGACAUGGCAGUAGUUGGCAGUGAACCACCACAGGACAUGGCAGUAGUUGGCAAUGAACCACUACAGGACAUGGCAGUAGUUGGCACUAGUGAAGGUGGCAGUGAACCACCCCAGGACAUGGCAGUAGUUGACACGAGUGAAGGUGGCAGUGAACCACCUCAGGACAUGGCAGUAAUUGGCAUUAGUGAAGGUGGCACUGGCAGUGAACCACCCCAGGACAUGGCAGUAGUUGGCAAUGAACCACCGCAAGACAUGGCAGUAGUUGACACGAGUGAAGGUAACAGUGAACCACCCCAGUACGUGGCAGUAGUUGGCACUAGUGAAGGUGGCAAUGAACCACCACAGGACAUGGCAGUAAUUGGCAAUGAACCACCACAGGACAUGGCAGUAGUUAGCAAUGAACCACCACAGGACAUGGCAGUAGUUAGCAAUGAACCACCACAGGACAUGGCAGUAGUUGGCAAUGAACCACUACAGGACAUGGCAGUAGUUGGCAAUGAACCACCACAGGACAUGGCCAGUAUUGGGGGAGAUGAGAGAAGCAAUGAACAGACCAAUGAUGAGAGACAUGAUAGGGUGAUUGCCGUCAGUGAAGAAAAUGACCUGUCAGAUGAUUGCCUGGAGUCAGGGGAAGAUAUGGAAGUCAGUAGUGACCAUUGUUUCCCCUCAUCUUCUGGGGAAGAUGUAGUGUCAGAUGAAGACCCGCAUGAAGGGCUUACCUUGAGAUCACGUAGGAGAAUAAGACAAAAUGUAAAUGUCAGAAGAAUUGAAGACACAUGGAAAAGAGGCCACAGGUAUGAGGAGCCAACUGAAUACAUGCACCUUGGUUCUGAUGACAGUUCUGAAAGUGAGGAUGAUGAAGGGUGGUCAUCACACCUGAAACGUCACACUGGUUCAAUGGAAUUUACAGGUGACCCACCUGGCCCCAAUGUUCCUUUGGAUGAGAAUGCAAGUGUCCUGGAAGCAUUUCAUACCAUUUUUCCUACAUAUCUGAUUAAAAAACUGCGCCGUGAGACAAACAAAUAUGCUCAAUGGAGCCAGCUCAGAAAACGCAAGAGAGAUAAAUUUUGGCAUGAAGUCAAAGAUGAUGAAAUUAGAGCAUUUCUUGGAAUCCUUAUCUUGAUGGGUGUUGAUCCAAAGAUGGAAAUUGGGGACUACUGGUCUAACCAGACUGCUCUUAGGAAUGAAUUUAUAGCAGGAACAAUGAGUAGAAAUCGAUUUCAAAAAAUACUUCAGUAUUUUCACUGCAAUGAUGCUGACAAAGAUCCAGCAAAUAUUAGUGAUCCUGAGAGACGUAGAAUUGAGAAAAGUCGGGAACCAAUGUAUAAAGUACUUCCAGUCCUAAACAAAAUUAUGGAGUCUUCCCAAAAUUCUUAUAAUCUCCACCAAGAGAUAGUAAUAGAUGAAGCUAUCAUCGGUUAUAAGGGGA